GCGCCCGGGCCGCCUGGCGCCCCGCCCGCGCCUCAGGACCGGCGGGGCCGCGCGGCGCAUCCUGCGGGCUUCGGCGGCGGCGGGCGCGGCGCCUGCAGCCGGGCGCAAGAUGAUGAAGUUUCGGUUCCGGCGGCAGGGCGCCGACCCGCAGCGCGAGAAGCUCAAGCAGGAGCUUUUCGCCUUCAACAAGACUGUGGAGCAUGGCUUCCCCAGUCAGCCCAGCGCCCUGGCCUUCGACCCCGAACUUCGCAUCAUGGCCAUCGGCACCAGGUCUGGGGCUGUCAAGAUCUAUGGUGCACCUGGCGUGGAGUUCACAGGCCUGCACCGGGAUGCAGCCACUGUCACACAGAUGCACUUCUUGACCGGCCAGGGCCGCCUCCUGUCCCUGCUUGAUGACAGCAGUCUGCAUCUCUGGGAGAUUGUCCACCAUAAUGGCUGUGCCCACCUGGAAGAAGCACUCAGUUUCCAGCUGCCCAGCCGGCCCUGCUUUGAUGGUGCCAGUGCUCCGCUCAGCCUUACCCGAGUCACAGUGGUCCUGCUGGUGGCUGCCGGCGACAUAGCAGCCCUGGGCACUGAGGGCAGCAGUGUCUUCUUCCUGGAUGUUACCACCCUGACCCUGCUCGAGGGGCAGACGCUUGCCCCAGGCGAGGUUCUGCGCAGCGUGCCAGACGACUACCGCUGUGGGAAGGCCCUGGGCCCCGUGGAGUCGCUCCAGGGACACCUGCGGGACCCCACGAAGAUUCUCAUUGGCUACAGCCGGGGCCUGCUGGUCAUCUGGAACCAGGCCUCGCAGUGUGUGGACCACAUCUUCCUGGGGAACCAGCAGCUGGAGAGCCUAUGCUGGGGGCGUGAUAGCAGCACUGUGGUCAGCUCACACAGCGAUGGCAGCUAUGCUGUCUGGUCUGUGGAUGCCGGCAGCUCCCCAACGCUGCAGCCCACGGUAGCCACCACACCUUACGGCCCCUUUCCCUGCAAGGCCAUUAACAAGAUUCUGUGGCGGAACUGUGAAUCUGGGGGCCACUUUAUCAUCUUCAGCGGUGGCAUGCCCCGUGCCAGCUAUGGUGACCGCCACUGUGUAAGUGUGCUUCGAGCCGAGACAUUGGUGACGCUGGACUUUACCUCCCGCAUCAUCGACUUCUUCACAGUGCACAGCACACGGCCCGAGGAUGAAUUUGAUGACCCCCAGGCCCUGGCUGUGCUGCUGGAAGAGGAGCUGGUGGUGCUGGACCUGCAGACUCCUGGCUGGCCAGCUGUGCCUGCCCCAUACCUGGCCCCGCUGCACUCGUCUGCAAUCACUUGCUCGGCCCACGUGGCCAGUGUCCCCGCCAAGCUGUGGGCCCGCAUUGUGAGCGCUGGCGAGCAGCAGAGCCCCCAGCCUGUCUCCAGUGCCUUGAGCUGGCCCAUCACUGGGGGCCGAAACCUGGCCCAGGAGCCGUCACAGCGAGGGCUGCUGCUGACGGGCCACGAGGACGGCACCGUGAGGUUCUGGGAUGCCUCGGGUGUGGCGCUGCGGCCGCUCUAUAAGCUGAGCACAGCUGGCCUCUUCCAGACGGACUGUGAGCACGCUGACAGCCUGGCCCAGGCUGCCGAGGACGACUGGCCACCCUUCCGCAAGGUGGGCUGCUUCGAUCCCUACAGUGACGAUCCCCGGCUUGGUGUGCAGAAGGUUGCUCUCUGCAAGUAUACAGCCCAGAUGGUGGUGGCUGGCACUGCAGGCCAGGUGCUGGUACUGGAGCUUAGUGAUGUGCCGGUGGAGCAGGCGGUCAGCGUGGCCAUCAUAGACCUCCUCCAGGACCGCGAGGGCUUCACGUGGAAGGGCCACGAGCGGCUGAGCCCACGCACGGGGCCACUGCCCUGGCCUGCUGGCUUCCAGCCCCGUGUCCUGGUGCAGUGCCUGCCGCCAGCUGCUGUAACUGCUGUCACACUCCACACCGAGUGGAGCCUCGUGGCUUUUGGCACCAGUCAUGGCUUUGGCCUCUUCGACUACCAGCGCAAGAGCCCUGUGCUGGCCAGGUGCACUCUUCACCCCAAUGACUCCCUGGCCAUGGAAGGUCCGCUCUCCCGGGUGAAGUCUCUCAAGAAGUCACUGCGCCAGUCUUUCCGGCGCAUUCGCAAGAGUCGUGUCUCUGGCAAGAAGCGGGCUGCUAAUGCCAGCAGCAAGUUGCAGGAAGCCAAUGCACAGCUGGCUGAGCAGGCCUGCCCCCACGACGUGGAGAUGACGCCCGUGCAGCGCCGCAUUGAGCCCCGCUCCGCCGAUGACUCCUUGUCGGGUGUCGUGCGUUGCCUAUACUUUGCCGACACAUUCCUUCGAGAUGGGGCCCACCACGGGCCCACCAUGUGGGCUGGCACCAACUCAGGCUCUGUGUUCGCCUAUGCACUGGAGGUGCCGGCAGCAGCAGUGGGUGGUGAGAAGCGGCCUGAGCAAGCGGUGGAGGCCGUGCUGGGCAAGGAGGUGCAGCUGAUGCACCGGGCGCCUGUGGUGGCCAUUGCCGUGUUGGACGGGCGUGGCCGCCCACUGCCCGAGCCCUACGAGGCCUCACGGGACCUGGCGCAGGCACCUGACAUGCAGGGUGGUCACGCUGUGCUCAUCGCAUCUGAGGAGCAGUUCAAGGUGUUCACACUGCCCAAGGUGAGCGCGAAGACCAAGUUCAAGCUGACGGCCCAUGAGGGCUGUCGUGUGCGCAAGGUGGCACUGGCCACAUUUGCCAGUGUGGCCUGCGAGGACUAUGCUGAGACCUGCCUGGCCUGCCUCACCAACCUGGGUGAUGUCCACGUCUUCUCGGUGCCUGGCCUGCGGCCCCAGGUGCACUAUUCCUGCAUCCGGAAGGAGGACAUCAGCGGCAUCGCUUCGUGCGUCUUUACGCGCCAUGGCCAGGGCUUUUACCUGAUAUCCCCGUCAGAAUUUGAACGCUUCUCCCUAAGUGCCCGGAACAUCACAGAGCCGCUCUGCUCUCUGGACAUUAACUGGCCCCGCGAUGCCACCCAGGCCAGUUACAGGAUCCGAGAGUCACCCAAGCUGAGCCAGGCUAACGGGACCCCAAGCAUCCUGCUGGCCCCACAGAGCCUUGAUGGAAGCCCUGAUCCAGCCCACAGCAAGGGACCUGACACCCCGGAGCCACCCGAGGCUGCACUCUCACCCAUGUCCAUCGACUCAGCCACCAGUGCUGACACCACGCUGGACACGACAGGGGACGUCACAGUGGAAGAUGUGAAGGAUUUCCUGGGGAAGGCCAGAACUAUCCCGACCUCCACCUGCCCUGCUCGGAGCUGGAGUGCUGGAUCCCUGGCACCUGCCUGGCCCCUUAACAUAGAACCACGCCUGCUAACCUGUAGGCUCCACUGGGACCUGCUGUCCUGUCCCGCCUGACCCUGGGCCCUGGAGCAGCACCAGCCCCAGGGUGUGGGCCUGGGACCUGGGCCAGAACUGAGCCCUCCUGCAGGCAUUUGGCUGCCCUGGGGGCCCGCUGCCUAGGGAAGAGGACAGGUGGGGCCCAGCACUUGUGCCACCUCCCCCUCUCCACACACCAUCCUUCCCCCUCACUUUGCAGAGUAUUUUUCCUUUUUUUUUUUUUUUUUUUUAAAGACGGAGUCUUGCUCUGUCGCCCAGGCUGGAGUGCAGUGGCCCCAUCUCUGCUCACUGCAAGCCCCGCCUUCUGGGUUCACGCCAUUCUUCUGCCUCAGCCUCCCAAGUAGCUGGGACUACAGGCGCCUGCCACCAUGCCCAGCUAAUUUUUUCUGUAUUUUUAGUAGAGAUGGGGUUUCACCAUGUUAGCCAGGAUGGUCUCGAUCUCCUGACCUCGUGAUCCGCCCACCUCGGCCUCCCAAAGUGCUGGGAUUACAGGCGUGAGCCACCAUGCCCAGCCCUGCAAAGAGUAUUUUUCUAGCGCCUGGGCUGGACAGUUGUUUCUAAAACUAUUUUGGUACCUGCUUCUGGGCCAGUCCCCAGCCUGUCAUGAGUGUGUGUGUGCGGGCAUGGAUGUGACUGGGAGCUCUGCUGGGCACCCACAACUGGGGCCUAGUCAGGUGUGUGUGUCCGGGGGGGGGUGGGUGGGGGGGGGUCAAGAUGAGUUUCCCUGUAGAUUGUACCUUGGGGUUUUUUUCUGUCAUUUUGUUAAAAUUAGCGCCAUUUUAAUAUUAAAAAUACUGAUUUUUAAUAUUGAAAAUAAAAGCAUUUAAUAUCUCUUAAA